UGCAGGGAAACAACAUUUAUUUUUUGAGGCCGUUGUUUGCCCACUUGAGAGUCGGGGAAUAUUCGCCAAAGCAAAGCGCAACCUUGACAACUCCUUUGCAAGCGGCCAGGGCAGCCUUUUACAGCUUUCAAGAUGGCGAUGAAUCUUGAUCUCUCGAAUGCGGCGGUGAUGAAAGAUGAGCAGGGUCGGCCAUUCAUUGUCGUUAGAGAUCAAGGAAAGAAGAAGAGGCAAUAUGGAAACGAGGCGGUCAAGUCACACAUUCUAGCUGCUAGGACAGUGGCAAACAUUGUAAAGUCUUCACUGGGACCUCGCGGCUUGGACAAGAUCCUCAUUUCUCCCGAUGGCGACAUUACCGUAACCAACGACGGUGCAACGAUCCUGCAGCAAAUGGAGAUCACCAACCACGUUGCCAAGCUUCUGGUUGAGCUGUCCAAGUCGCAGGAUGACGAGAUCGGCGACGGCACAACGGGUGUUGUUGUGCUGGCGGGCGCGCUUUUGGAGCAGGCAGCUGAGCUCAUCGACAAGGGCAUUCACCCCAUCCGUAUUGCCGACGGCUACGACCAAGCUUGUGAUAUCGCGGUCGCGGAGUUGGAUGCCAUCUCGGACGUUAUAGAAUUCAGCAAGGACUCGACAGAGAACCUGGUCAAGGUCGCACGGACAAGUUUAGGAAGCAAGAUCGUGUCAAAGGCCCAUGACCAGUUCGCCAACAUUGCGGUAGAUGCCGUGCUAUCCGUGGCAGAUUUGGAAAGAAAAGACGUCGACUUUGAACUUAUCAAGGUGGACGGCAAGGUCGGAGGCUCACUCGAGGACACUCUUUUGGUCAAGGGCGUUAUUAUCGACAAAGACUUUUCACACCCCCAAAUGCCAUCAGAGGUCCGGGAUGCCAAGAUUGCUAUCUUGACAUGCGCUUUUGAGCCCCCGAAACCAAAGACUAAGCACAAGCUGGAGAUCUCGUCAGUCGAGGAGUUCAAGAAACUCCAGAACUACGAGAGGGAAAAGUUCAUCGAGAUGAUUCAGCAGAUCAAAGAUACGGGAGCCAACCUCGCGAUUUGCCAAUGGGGCUUUGAUGAUGAGGCCAACCAUCUGCUGCUACAGAACGAGCUUCCAGCUGUUCGGUGGGUUGGCGGUCCCGAGAUAGAGUUGAUUGCGAUCGCAACCAACGGCAGGAUAGUUCCUCGCUUCGAGGACCUCAAGCCAGAGAAGCUUGGUACUGCAGGUGUCGUGCGCGAGAUGACCUUUGGCACGACGAGGGAGAAGAUGUUGGUCAUUGAGGAGUGCGCAAACACCCGGGCUGUUACUGUCUUUGUCAGGGGAAGCAACAAGAUGAUCAUCGACGAGGCCCGCCGCUCAUUGCAUGAUGCUCUAUGCGUCGUCCGAAACCUCGUUCGUGAUAACCGAGUUGUUUAUGGUGGUGGCGCUGCCGAAAUUGCCUGCAGUUUGGCGGUUGAGGAUGCUGCUGUCAAGACGCCCGGUCUGGAGCAGUACGCGAUGCGCGCUUUCGCCGAGGCCCUUGACACGGUGCCCAUGACACUUGCCGAGAACAGCGGUCUGAACCCAAUUGCUACGCUGGCCGAGGUCAAGUCGCAGCAGGUCAAGUCUUCGGGUGGCCGCGGACGUCUUGGUGUUGACUGCAUGGGCCGUGGCAACAACAACAUGAAGGAUGCAUUCGUCAUUGAUCCUCUCAUUGGCAAGAAGCAACAGCUUAUGCUUGCCACUCAGCUGUGCCGUAUGGUGCUCAAGGUUAACAACGUUAUCGUUUCUGGAUCCGGCGAGGAGGAUUUCUAAGCGGAUAAAUGUCGACUAUGGUUUUAUGGGCUCCAAGUUGGCGUUUUUCGAGAUACCAGGAAAAGAUAGACGGUAUAAAUGAGCAAAACGGUUGAGGACUAUCGGAAGUGAGCACCGGGCAUGCUGCGCGACUAGUGAUGUGAUCUAUACCCGUCCAUACACGCUCCCCGUGGCGGUGAUUGUAACCUCAGUUCAUCUUAUGGCUCCACUUACUACUCCCGGUAUGACUGGCUGAAAGGCGGACAAAAACAUGGAGUACGGCACACGGCAGCUUCUUUUUAUUUUUUUAUUUUUAUUUUCAUAGAAAUCAUGCCCGAUCUAUUUUUGCGUAAAAAAAGAACAGCCUUUCCUCCGUUGUCAUGUAAGUCAUUUUCCGGGACACCACCAGUCGCCAAAGCAUUCCCAAGGCCCAUCAAAAGAACAACAUAUCUUCGGCCAAAAAACCGUCUCUGCUUUGCACCCACGAUGUUUGUUUUUUUUUAAAAAAAAUCCCCCAUUGACACCAAAUGAAAGCAACCAUCCAAAUGCACAUCAAAAAAGGAAAAGAAAGAUAAGUCCGAAAAUAGACCAAUAAGUACGCACACCGUUCAGCCACCAAGCUUCGAGUAAUGGAAGUGCUCCUGGUGGUUGGCUGCCUUGUUCGUCU